AUGACGAGUCAAACUACAUCAAGCAAUUCAUGGAAAAAUGCUAAAAAAGAAGGCUCGAUAGAAAUUGUUAAUGAUAGGCUAACCGCUGAAGAUUUAAGUUCUGUGAUCGGUUUAAUGGCUUAUGGCAGUCUGCUGAAGGAUAUUGAUAAAAACGUCAGGAGAAGAGGUUCCCGAAAAUAUGCUGGUCGUUCAGUUACUGAUUUCAAUUUGCCAUUAUCAGCAUCAUCAUCCUCAUCAUCAUCAAGAAUUUCUAUCAAUUAUAGCAAGAAUACCCGGAGAAUCAUGGAAAAGAUUGUGAAAAAUCAAGCUAACAAUAUGAAUAAUAGCCUUAGUGAGAGAGAAAUUCAAGAGUGUUCGGAAAAUUUCACUUAUAAAAGCACUAAUGACGAUGAUCAUUCGAAUUCAUCUGUGUGCAGUAGUCUAACAACUCUAAAUGAUACCGCUAAUCGAAAUCGAAAGCGAAAGGUCAAAUGGAAAAAUCAUAAGAAUGAUCGAAAGAAUGAUAGGAUAGUAAGAAGAGAUGCUAUAACGGAUAAUGAUCAAUUAUUUUCAUGUGUAUCCGUGUCAAAUACUAAAAGUUCAACAAAAAGUUAUCAUUCCUCUGAAGGAACAACAACAAACAUAAUUGCAGGAGAAAUUACACCUGAUGAUGAUGAAUCAAUGAGAAGCACAAUUGCUAACAAUUCUUCAUUAGCACGAAAGCUUAUUCAUACUUGGAUCAGAAAAAAUGAUGAUAAGAAGGGCAUGAAUGAUAGCUAUGAUAGCACUCAGCAAAAUUUGACCAUGCAACAGAAUUCCGUUUCACGAGCAUUUUCAAGCCACCAAUCGAAUUCUGCUUUACGGGCAUUUCCUGAAUGUCAAUUGGAUUCCAUUUCACGAGAUCGUAAACAAUCUUCGUCAUCAUCCGCUGAAACAAUUAAUUCUUUUUCGAAUGAAAAUAUGGGACAAAACCAACAAUUGACCUAUGAAGCACCACAAUUAACCGAUGAUAUCAGGAGAUGGACACCAUCAGAAUCAGAAAGAAUGAACAGCACACAAACUAAUAUAAGAUCAAUACAAAGCAUUAGAAUUCCAUCAACAUAUCAGUUAGAAAACAUACCAAAAUUUUCACAACUGAAUAACGUUGACUACUUUACGUCGGAAUCAUUUUACCAAGGUAGAGAACAAAUUUGUCAUCAAUCGGGAAAAUACACAUCGAUUCUCUCAACGAUUCCGUUGAAAACUGAAACAUACACUGCAUCAGAAGGAUCCAGAAGAUGUAGCACUGAUUAUGAGCCAUCCUUACCGUAUACAUCUGCUAAAAAUCAACAAAUCAUAGAUUGUUGCACUAAUUUCGAACAAUCCAUCGAAUCCCAUUCAACAACGGAUGUACAGCAUAGCCAUCCAGAAUUGUCGAAAAUUACAUCAAUAAGCAGUGAAUUAAGUGCAAUUUCAAACUGUUCAAAUUCGGGAAAAGAGCUAAAACUCUUAGAUGAAAAAGUGGAAGAAAUGGAGCAAUCAAGCUCAGUAGAAGAAGGAUUGAAAAUGAAAAUGAACAUAACACUAAUGCCACAACGAUAUCAAUCAUUGGAUGAACAUAUCGAGAUUGAGGAGCAUCACAGUGAUCAAGAAAGCACUCCGAUCGGAAGCAUAUCAUCUUAUCACUCAACAGCAACAACUACAACUUAUGAAAGUACUCAAGAUUUAUCCAUAAUUAAAUGA